AUGCAGAAAAAAUUCGCCUCUUUCUCUCCCGAUCGAGGCGGUAGCUCCAUGAAGUCAUUAGAUUCUGGCCGCUCCGCCGCGUCGAGAAGAUUCUCCAGCCUCCGCCGCCGCUUCUCGUUCCAGAUUCUAUCCUGCCGCCGCUUCUCCAACCAUGUCAGAAUAUCUCACAGUAUUGCCGCUCAUAACCUUCAAAUACUUGACUCAUCCUUUAACUCCUCAUCAAUCUCCUUCAAUUGCUCAGAUCGGCGCGGGAAAUUAACAGGCAAUGAUCGGAGAAUGCACUCUGGAAUGAUCGGAGAACGCACUCUGUCCGAUUUCGCGCAUGAUUUGCUAGCGCCACUUAUCGGCCUCCGCCAGAUCGCGGCACUCCGAUGCCAGGUAAGGGCGGCGCUGCUUAGGCGGCUUCUUCUCCUCUUUCAUGGUGAUGAAACGAUUCAGGAUGGACUGCGCUUUCUAUUCGUUGCCAUGGCGGAAAAAUUGGGGAGGAAUUAGGAUUUUUGGUGGAAGGAGUUGUGUGUGGGAGAUUGGGAAUUGCGGUUAUAUUGUUUAAAUUACCAUUUUGUCCUUUCAUAAUUAAUUAAUCUAAAACUAUUUUCCAAGUGGCAAAUUUUGG